GUUUCUCGUACAAAUUCCAAGCAGUGCCUUCAUUUUUUCUUUUUUGGUUUACUCUUUUUUAUUAUUUAUUUAUUUCUUUUCUAUUUUUUUUUUCUCUAUCGGGAACGAUAGAGAGAGAGAGACGGGGGAAAUCGAUUUUAUUCUUCGGUGUUUGUUAUAGUUGUUAUAGUGUUGUUUUAUGUUCGUGCUGGAUGACACCUCCUACGGCGGAGGUUCGCCGGGAAAUGGUGACUGACGACUUGUUCCCGGCCAAAUCUCGGGAGGCUCGCCGGCGACGAAUGGUGAUGCGACGGUCCUCUGCCAUCGUAGGUGCCAGCCAGCAGUCAUCUUCACCGAAAAAUGAUGAGAUUAUUCCUCCAACGCGACGACAGAAGAGGCGAGAUUGCUGCCAACGCCUCGAAGAUGGCAAGCGGAAUCGGAAGUCUUCUCUAUCGUCGUCGUCCUCGUCUUCAUCGGAAUCUUCUUCGAGUGACGAAGCAGAAGCUUCGGAAGCGAUGCCAUCGACCACCACGGGGAAGUUUCUGGCAGACGAUCUUGUGCCGGUUUUCGGUUCGAUAUCGGUAUCAGGGCGAUGCCGCGAAAUGGAAGAUGCCAUAUCCGUACAGCCGGGCUUUUGCCGACCGGAAAUAUCUGGCCGCCGACCGCUUCAUUUCUUCGCUGUAUACGACGGACAUGGCGGCUCUCACGUGGCGAUUCUCUGUCAAGAAAAGAUGCAUGUGUUCUUGGAGGAGGAGUUGAUGCGAGUCGCGUCAAACUCCAGUGAAGGCAGCAGUUGCAGCAGCUCAGCUGCACAAGAACGUACUGCGGAAGUGUCGCAGGAAGAGAGGUGGAAGACGGUGAUGGGGAGGUGCUUCGAGCGGAUGGACGAGGUGGCGCUAAGCUCAUGUGCAUGCGGGGGCAUAACCACACCAUGUAGGUGCGAACAGGCCGGGGUGACGUCCGAGAUUGUUGGCUCCACAGCCGUCGUCGCCGUUCUUACCACCGAUACCAUCCUCGUUGCCAACUGCGGUGACUCGCGCGCUGUACUCAGCCGCGGCGGAAGGGCUAUCCCUCUCUCCACCGAUCACAAGCCCGACAGGCCAGAUGAACUAGCAAGAAUUGAAGCAGCCGGUGGCCGUGUUAUCUACCUUAGUGGAGCACGAGUGCUUGGAAUCCUUGCAAUGUCCCGGGCUCUUGGUGACAAGUACCUAAAACCAAUAGUAAUCUCAGAACCAGAGUUAACAAUCACAGAAAGGACCCCUGAAGAUGAGUGUUUGAUCCUUGCAAGUGAUGGCUUGUGGGAUGUCCUCUCAAAUGAGUUGGCUUGUGAAGUGGCUCGCAAGUGCCUCCAUGAGGAAGAGUCGUCCUCUAAUGCAGCCAGAAUCCUCGAUGCAGAACCUCCGGAUGGAGAUACUGGGACAGAGCAAAUGAACCAAUCGAGAUGCUCUCUCGCAGCUGCGUUACUCACUCGCCUUGCGCUGGGACGGAAGAGCUCAGAUAACAUCAGCGUCAUUGUCAUUGAUUUAAAAAGAGAUUGAGAUGGAAUGAAUUGGAGAGGUGCACUGCCCAGUUCCAACUUUGAAGAAGAGAAACAGAAAGAUGUACAGGUUUUACAAAAAUGCAGAAAGGGAAAGAUGGGAUAGGAUCUGAAGGUGGAGUGGAGAUAUUGUUCUCUCAAGCUCUGCUAUUUAAUGGGUCCCAUUAAAGAAGGAAGAUGUUUAGGUUUUUUUUAUUAAUGACAUUAAAAUAGUUGGAAAUUACAUAAUCGAUUAGAAGGAAUCAUGCAACAGUGAACAUGCUUUCAAAAGGAUUCGCCAUUGCUGAUGCAUUCUAGCUUGUGAGUCGGGAGUUGAAACCAUUUCAUUGAUGCGUCAAGUUCCAAGACUCGAGACUCGAGAGAGGAAGGCUGCUUCGUGGUGGUGGAUCAGCGGAUGGGUGGUUUAUUGCUCGCAUUGUUGCGUCUUGCAAAUCGGUAAUGGUGCAUGCAACUCGUAUGGUUGGUUUGGGCUGUUUAGAUUGGAUCGUUAGUGUAGGGGAGGGAGAGGUUUGGCUGGAGUGUAUUGGGAGAAAUCAUUUAUGCACUGGGGGUUUAUGUUUGGAUGUUCUCAUGGAAACAGAAAUCUAUAUAUUUCCAUUUUCUUUUCUAAUUUUUUCUUCUGUAGAGUGUUCUGUUUUAAAUUGGGACUGUCUAAUUAUAUCAAAACCUGAAACCUCUUUUUUAUGUAGGGGCAAUUACUGUCACUCCAUUAUACUUAUCCCUAUAUUUACUCAAA